AUGCUUAACGCGGGCGGUAUUACGAUGAAGUCCCUAAUUAUGUGCCUGCAACUUUCACGCCUGGCCGAAACAAUGUCCGUGCUGGAUGAAAUGGACGAACGACUGAAGGAUGAUACCGAUCGCAGAAAGAUUCACAAAGCUAUUUCUACUUGCAACUAUGUCUGCGGGCUUUACAGCGUGUUCUAUGUGGGCUAUAACUUGUCCAUGCUAGUGACUACAAUAUUCAGCAGUCAACCCCCAUGGCUGAUCUAUAAUCCGUUCUUGGAUUGGCGGAACGGAACCGUUCAACUCUAUCUGCAAACAUUACUUGAGUUCACAGCCCUAAAUAUUGCUGUGUUUAUGAAUAUUGUAUUGGACACCAGUCCUAUCAUUUGUAUGAUUGCAUUUCGAGCUCACGUCGAAAUUUUGAAGGAUCAUUUACGCAAUCUACGCACCGACCCGAACAAGACUGAGGCUGAGAACUACAAAGAGCUCGUGAAUGGCAUUAAAUACUACAAGCUGAUCGUCAAAUGCUGUGACAUAAUGCGUCCCAUUAUGUCCCGCACGAUCACUACACAGUUUAUGCUAAUCGGUGCUGUGCUAGGCCUAACUAUGGUCGGCGUGAUGUAUUCCUCUGAUAUAUUCUUGAAAAUUUCAUCGAUCAUAUUGGUCAUAGCUCUGUUAUUGGAGACAUUUCCGUUUUGUUUCCUUUGCGAUUCUUUAGUAGAGGACAGCAAUGAUUUGUGCAACAUUUUGGGCCAAUCCUAUUGGAUCGAUGCGGAGCGCAGAUACAAGUCUACGUUAAGGAUUUUCAUGCAGCAGGUGCAACAGCCGAUCAUAUUCAUUGGAUUCCGCACUAUUCGAAUAUCAGUGAACAGUAACAUUAAGGUGGCCAAGUUCGCAUUCAGCGUCUUAACUGUGGUGAAGCGCAUGAAUCUGUUCGAGCAGUUUGAAUAG